AUGGAUCGUUCCCGGAGCCCAGACAAAAGCACCCAGCCUCCAACACCAACUGACAACAUCAACCUUGGACCUUCUGCUAACCCAAAUGCCAAACCAACAGACUUUGACUUCCUGAAGGUUAUUGGCAAAGGGAGCUUCGGAAAAGUUCUCCUGGCCAAACGCAAGUGUGAUGGGACUUUUUAUGCAGUGAAAGUUUUGCAUAAGAAAACCAUCCUAAAGAAAAAGGAGCAAAACCACAUCAUGGCAGAACGCAACGUGCUCCUGAAAAAUGUCAAGCAUCCCUUCCUUGUGGGACUCCAUUACUCCUUCCAGACCUCGGAGAAGCUUUACUUUGUGCUUGACUAUGUAAAUGGAGGAGAGCUCUUCUUCCACUUGCAAAGGGAGCGCUGUUUCCGUGAGCCCCGGGCCCGGUUCUAUGCUGCAGAAGUUGCGAGUGCAAUUGGGUACCUGCACUCCUUAAACAUCAUUUACAGGGACUUAAAACCUGAGAACAUUCUUCUGGAUUGCCAGGGACACAUAGUAUUGACAGACUUUGGACUCUGCAAAGAAGGAAUGGAGCAAGAAGAGACAACUUCUACUUUUUGUGGCACUCCUGAGUACCUGGCUCCUGAGGUGCUAAAGAAGCAGCCAUAUGACAGGACAGUAGACUGGUGGUGCUUAGGAGCUGUCCUCUAUGAAAUGCUGUUUGGACUGCCUCCUUUUUACAGCCGGGAUGUGUCUCAGAUGUAUGAUAACAUACUGCACAAGCCACUCCAGAUCCAAGGAAGCAAGACUGUGGCAGCUUGUGACAUCCUCCAGGGACUCCUCCACAAGGACCAGAAGAGGAGGCUGGGUGCCAAGACAGACUUUCUUGAGAUAAAGAACCAUGUAUUCUUCAGCCCAAUAAACUGGGAUGACUUGUACCACAAGAGGAUUACUCCUCCGUUCAAUCCCAACGUGGCUGGUCCAGCUGAUCUGCGACACUUUGAUCCAGAGUUCACUCAAGAAGCAAUCUCCACCUCCAUCACUCACACGCCUGACCUAGCAGCCAGCAGCUCCAGUGCCUCGGAUGCAUUUUUAGGGUUUUCUUAUGCACCAACUGAAGAGGGCAUCUAGGUUUUAUAAAGGCUUUGAGAAGCCAGAUUUUAAUUGAAUGGGUUUUAUGUUCUGGUUUUUCUUUUUUUUUUUUGGAAGGAUUGGUACUGUUUUUUGCCCAUGGUUUAAGGAAAUUUGGACUAAUACACUAACUG